GUUGCUGAGGGGACUACGGAGCCAGGCAACCGCAUCAUUCCGUAAAAUUGCAAAAAAGGGAUAAAACGAAUGGAUCUGCAUUCCUCUCAUGGAGGAUUUAAGUGGCAUAGAAAAACACGUAGGAAACGCCCUGGACGGGAGCACAACGCUUUCAUAUUUUAUUGCAAAUGUUAAGGCGCUUCCCUUUGGGCGGAAGAAGCUACCGAUUAGCAGCUCUUCCCAAAAGGGUCAUUUGCCAAGAAAAAGCAAAAAAACGAUUCGCCACAAAAGUAUCAUACAUGUUAGAAGCAUCUUCAGAAAUCGCUUCUACGAAAUGGCCAAACCUGUAAGCCUAUGAUUUUGUGGAGAGGAUUUAUGCAACGCAUGGAACACCUUCUUUGGGCGACUUUUCCCAUUUUCCAUUUUUUUUUAAAUUCACCUGGCGCACUGUAGGGAAGAGGGGGGGGUACAUCCUGAGGGGAAUGCCGCCUUUUUGUGGAGCGCCACCGGAGAGAAGGCCCCUUCCCAGGUGUCACAUAAAGUUGCCUUCCUGCGUGGCAACGCUGCCAAAACGUUCUGCGGAACGUGACCCUGGGAGAUACCCACUCGGUACUAAGCCGUUACUCAGCCGAUAGGCGGCCCCCACCCAGUAGCUACUCGGCCGCUCCAAAAUGGGCGAACAGCGCAAGCCAGCAGAUGCAGCCCCGGGAACCCUUAAAAAACCCAAGAAAAAGAAAAUAAAAAAUGAAAAGUCUGCGAAGAAGCCAAGUGACAUUGUGAGCUGCAUAGCCUUUUUACCCAGGGGCAAGAAGAAGUCCGCUGGGCGCCAAUUUGAGCAACUCAGCGAAGAAGACCCCUCUAGCGACAGCGACGUCGGCGAAAAGGGCAAGCGGAAGAAGAAGAUGAAGAAGAAGGAGAAGGGAGACGAAGCAGACUCCUACGAUGCCCUGCAAAACGUUUUCAACGACGAAAAGGAAAACGAAAAGGUAAUAAAAGAAGAUAACCUCAUAGAGACGAACAAAAAAUACCUUUUUGAUGAUGAGCUGUGCAUAGAAGAUGGCGACGCAUUAACCCUAAAUGGGAAAAUAUACAGUGACAUUGGGACGUUGGAGGUUCACCUAGUUAAUUACGAUGAGGGCAUUUUCAACAUCUACGAUGAUGUGAUUAUUGAUGACUACCCCUUGUGCUUGGAGGUGAUAGGGGAGUCUUACUACGGGGGGAGGGACAUCGUAGCUGUGGGCACCAUGAAGCAGGAGAUUGGGCUGUGGGACAUUCACAGCAUCGACACGCUGGAGGCCCUCAGCUAUUUGGGCGGCACGGAAAGGGCCAAGCGCGGGGGGGAGGGUCGCAAAAAGAGGCGCAAGGGGAGCGGGGAAGCUGCAGAAGUGGGAGGAGUAGAAGCUUCACAAGUGGGACAGGCAGAUGGAGCAGCCGAGGGAGCCGCCGAGGGAGCCGCCGAGGAAGCCGCCCAGAAAGAGGGGCAAAAGCGGAAGCAGAGCAAAAACAACCUGCAGGGCCACACCGAAUGCGUCACGUGCCUCAACUCGUCGAAGGUUAUCCCCAAUUUGAUGUGCAGCGGCUCCAAGGAUUGCUCCAUUAAAUUGUGGGACCUGUCUAACCUCACCUACCUACAUUCCUUUAACUUUCACCAAAAAAAAGUUAACAGCGUUUCCUUCCACGCGAAUGAAAGUAACAUUCUCCUCUCAACCUCAUCGGACAAAACGCUAAAACUAUAUGACAUACGAAAAGACACAGUUGGGAUGAGCAUACAUUUGGAGAGUACCCCCGAGUCGACCACUUGGAGCAAAUUCAAUGAAAAGGAAAUCAUUUCAUCCGACGUUGAUGGGUAUGUGAGUAGGAUAGACAUACGUUACGCUACAGAUUCGUCUUCCAGCUUUUCACACAAGAGCACAGUUAGGUUUAAGGCGUUUUCCAAUUCUUGCGUCUCCCUGGUCAGCACGCAUUACCCCAAUUUGACCCUCGCAGGGUCCGAAGACGGCCUCGUGAAGGUCUACGACUUUGGCGCCUUCGGAGAGGCGGGGCCUCCCUGCCUGUACACGAAGGACCUUAAAAGGAACCUCUACUGCAUGAAGGAGAACGAAGACUGGCCCAAUGUAAUUUUCUUCGGGUGCGACAAGCUCUACGACUGGGAUUUUAAGUCCUGCAAGGAGUUACGCGAGUAUCUCAAGCUGUGA